UAGAAGAUUCGAUUUCUUGGUGUCCUAUUUGAAAGCAUUUUUAAUAUCAAAUAUGAAUGAUUUACGACGAAUUUCAAGUAUGAUUCAAAAUUAUUCAGUAUCAUGUCCAGAUAAACCAGAUAAGCGGUAUAUAUUUCAAAUCAAAGUAUAUUGGCUGGCCAUAGUUACUUUACUUAGUGUAUUGGUUACCUUUGUGUUUUGUGUUUUGUGGACUAUAUUUUUCAAAUUGGAAGAUGCUACAUCAACACAUUGUGGUUAUCGAGUUAAAAAUUACUUGCCAACAAUAUCAACUGCUGUGGGAAACUAUCCAGUACAACGGUUUAUUUGGACUUUAGUUAUAAUUGCUCAUAGUCCAGUAAGACUCAUUGUGGUUGCUAUAUAUUAUCAAUACUACACUAAUAUAAUUAAGCCAUCAUUACAUUGGUGUGUGGUAUUAUUAAGAUUUUUAACCACUGUUGAAGUAUGCUCACUAGUUGUAUUAUCAAUAUUUACUUCAUCGGAUUAUUACAGUAUUCAUGAAAAAAGUUUUGUCACAUUUAUCUGUGCUUCUGAACUAAAUAUGCUUAUUUCUUCUAUAUUAUUGAAAAGAGGACGUAUUACCAAAACAGUUAUGACAAAAUUAGAAAUACGGUCAUUAAAAUACAAAAUAUAUUUUACAGUAUUCAAUAUGACUAGUUUUGCAAUUGCUGGCUAUUGCUUUUUACGACAUAAUGCUUACUGUGAAUCUGGCGUAUAUACAUUUUUUGCUCUCUUUGAGUAUUUAGUCGUAUUGAGUAAUAUGGCAUUCCAUCUUACUGCAGUUUGGGAUCUAGCUGGUGUAUCAUUAGUGGUGGAUGAUAAUUUAAACCUCGCCUAUCGUUGAUUGGAGUCUGAGUAUAUUUAGUAUAGUAUAUAAGAUCAAAAUACAUGUAUAUAUAUUGCUAUAAAAUAUGCCUACUAAAUUGUGAUAUUAAUACCAAAUCAAAUUAUAGAAACAUAAUUAAAAAUUAUUCUAAUUGUUUUAACUUUACAUAAGCAUGUAGACUAAGGUUUAUUAGUUUGCAUACAAUAUUGGUACAUAUGGUGUCUCUUUUAAAAUGUUUACGUUUGUUAUAUUGUAAAUAAUUGUUAGAUAUCACAGUUUAAUUUUAUGAUUAUAUUUUAUUAAAUGCUAUAAGAAAGUAAAAUUUCUUAAUUAGAUACCUAAAUUACUUUUUUAUUACAUUUUUAUCAAAUAUUUAUAAACUAAUUAGGUAUUUAUUAUUGAUAUACUUAUAUUUAUACAAAUAUUGUUAGUUUAAACGAAUCUCAUAUUUUUACACAACUUUUUUUAUAAAACAAAUAUAUUUAAUGUUCUGAUUGC